AGAGUAGCGUUGUCUUCUGUUGGCAUUAGACAUGAUUGUCACUCAGUGUUCUGAGAAUUACAGUAUGGAGUUAUUUUAAUCUAUACGUAAUAUCGCCAUUUUGUUAUUAACGUAAAGUGUACAAUAAUUUUAUUUUUAAAAAUUUUUCUUUUUUUUUGAUCAAAAUUGAUUACAAAAUGAUGACUUCUUUUCAACAGCAACGCCUCAUGAUGACUACAUCGACUAAAUCCAUUCCAAUAACUCAGAGUGUUAAUGCUCUAGCUCCGUUGUUACCUCCUCCCAGUUUACCUCCAUCAGUUCUACCUCCCAUUCCUCCACCGCCGAUGAUUCCACCAGGCAUCCAGACAUUGGGCAUACCUCCUCCUCCAUUACCUUCAAUGCAGAUAAAUACUGUUGAUACCGUUUCUCAUCAAAUAUCCCUUCCUAUUGAACAAGAAUCAGGAGGGACUCCAGAAAUGGAAUGUGUAAGUAAGCCUAAAACAGAACUUGAUUCCAUGGAUUAUGAACCUCCUGCUCCAGGAACAGAAGAAACACCGGAUAUACCAGUUGAUCCAGCAAGAUUGUGUGCUGGAUACGAGUAUAACUAUGAUUUAACUCAAAUUGGAGAAGUUAUUACAGGUCCUGGCGCUCGUAGCAGUACCAUAGCUGGUAUUCUAGGAGGUUCACUUCCAAAACUAUCUUCUGAAGACGCCGAAGCCGUUAGUAAAGCAAAAAAAUAUGCAAUGGAACAGAGUAUUAGAAUGGUUCUUAUGAAGCAGACCAUUGCAUAUCAACAGCAGCAAGAGGCUAGUCAAAGGAAUCUUAUCCAGAGGCAGCAGGCUCUCGCCCUCAUGUGCAGGGUGUAUGUAGGCAGCAUAAGUUUCGAGUUGAAAGAAGAUACUAUCAGACAGGCUUUUCUACCUUUUGGCCCAAUUAAGUCUAUAAAUAUGUCUUGGGAUCCAGUUACACAAAAACAUAAGGGCUUUGCAUUUGUUGAAUACGAAAUACCAGAGGCAGCACAAUUGGCACUUGAACAGAUGAAUGGUGUCAUGAUUGGUGGUAGAAAUAUUAAAGUUGUCGGAAGACCUAGCAACAUGCCACAGGCACAAAACGUCAUCGAUGAAAUUCAAGAAGAAGCUAAACAAUAUAAUAGAAUUUAUGUAGCAUCCAUACAUCCAGAUUUAGUUGAAGAUGAUAUCAAAAGUGUAUUUGAAGCAUUUGGCCCUAUUAUAUAUUGUAAACUUGCCCAAGGUAGUUCAGGAAACAGACACAAAGGUUAUGGUUUUAUUGAAUAUGAAACUGCCCAGGCUGCAAACGAAGCUAUUGCCAGUAUGAAUUUAUUUGAUUUAGGUGGCCAGUAUCUAAGAGUUGGUAGAGCUAUUACACCUCCUAAUGCAUUAUUGGGACCUUCUUCGGGAUCUAGUGUUUUACCAACAGCAGCCGCAGUUGCUGCAGCAGCUGCAACUGCAAAAAUACAAGCCAUGGAUGCAGUAGCUAGUAAUGUAGCAGCGCUAGGAUUACCUAAUUUAAGCAAAUCUCCAGCUUCUCCAGCAAUAGUGACUCAAUCAGUAGUAAUGCCUGGCAUUACUCAACCUGUUGUAACAAUGCCUACUGUAGUUUCAACAACUGGUAUCCCACCUGCAGUUAUUCCGCCUCCUGGUAUCGCCAUACCACAAAUAACAGCACAGCCUUCUAUUGUUACACCUAUAAUUACUCCACCACAAGUUGUUGUGCCCGCACCAUCAAUAGUCACACCUACAAUCAGUCAACCACCAUCAAUGGAAUCCAUUAAAAAAGUCCAUGAAGCACAACAAAAACAACAAGAGCAAUUGCAGAAAAAAUUGUUAGACCAAAGUGAACCGCAAACCUUACAGCAACAAGAAAAUAUGUCCAUAAAAGGCCAAAAUGCCAGACACUUUGUGAUGCAGAAACUAAUGAGGAAAGUCGACUCUAGGAUUGUUAUUCUCAGAAACAUGGUAGGCCCAGAAGAUGUUGAUGAUAUGUUACAGGAGGAAAUUCAAGAAGAAUGUAGUAAAUUUGGAUCAGUUGAAAGAGUUAUAAUUUAUAAUGAAAAACAGUCUGAAGAAGAUGACGAUUCUGAUGUGAUAGUUAAAAUUUUUGUGGAAUUCACAGAAACUACCGCUAGUGAAAAAGCGAGGGACGCUUUAAAUGGAAGAUAUUUCGGAGGAAGGCUGGUGCAAGCGUCACUAUAUGACCAAACAUUGUUUGAUCAUAGUGAUUUUUCGGGUUAACAUACUGAGAAAUGAUUAAGACAUAUUGUAAAUAAGUGAACUGUAACUUUAAUUUUUAGUUUGAACUAUGAAAACAUAUAUACAUAUUUUAAACUAUUAGCAUGACCUCUUAUUGUUUAUAUUUAUGAGUGAUUGGGUGGCUUGAGGCAGGUGUCACCACCCAUUGAGGACUCACUCUGGGAUUUUCCUAGAAGCAAAAUCCCUCUGAUCUAAGUCUAUGUAAAUGUUUAUCAAUUAGUAGAAUGGAUCGUUUCUACUGAAAUUGUGGAGUGUGUGAAGGGAAUGUCUGGUAAUACGUUAUGAAUAAAUGUAGCUGAUUGUACGUUAAUAUAAACAUUUGUUUAGCCACUCUUUUGUAAAUUAAUUUCUUUACUUGUAACAAUUGUUCGUUUUUAAUAAAGUUUAAAUAUUGAAUUUCAAA